UUCGCAGAUCUACCAGUGUACAGAUGAGUGUAGCCCACAUGUUGUAAAGGGAAUCCCCAUUCACUGCAGAUCAGCAAGCAAACAUGAAGAAAGGGAACUACAGUAAGCGUUUGGAUCAGUUCUCGGUUUUCGUCUUGGAUGAGAAAGUGAAACUAUUUCACAUUCACUGUCUCUUCGAAGGGUAAAUGGCACAGCAACAAACCGUAAUGGAUCGGAAAAAACUCUGCUGUUCCAUCUGUCUGGAUCUACUGAAGGAUCCGGUGACUAUUCCCUGUGGGCACAGCUACUGUAUGAGCUGUAUUAAAAGCCACUGGGAUGAAGAGGAUCAGAAGGAAAUCUACAGCUGUCCUCAGUGCAGACAGCUCCUUAUACCGAGGCCUGCCCUGGUGAAAAACACCAUGUUGGCAGAUUUAGUGGAGGAACUGAAGAAGACAGGACUCCAAACCGCUCCGGCUGAUCACUGCUAUGCCGGACCUGAAGAUGUGGGAUGUGAUUUCUGCACUGGGAGAAAGCUGAAAGCUCUCAAGUCCUGUCUGCAGUGUCUGGUCUCUUACUGUGAGCAGCACCUCCAGCCUCACUAUGAAUCCCCUGCCUUUGGAAAACACAAGCUGGUCGACCCCUCCAAGAAGCUCCAGGAGAACAUCUGUAUUCGCCACAACGAGGUGAUGAAGAUUUUCUGCCGUACUGAUCAGCAAUGUAUAUGUAUCCACUGCUCCUUGGAUGAACAUAAAGGCCACGACACAGUCUUGGCUUCAACAGAAAGGACUGAGAAGCAGGGAGAGCUCGGGGCGAGUCGGCAAAAGAUCCAGCAGAGAAUCCAGAACAGAGAGAAAGAAGUGAAGCUGCUUCGGCAGGAGGAGGAGGCUAUCGACCACUCCGCUGAUGAAGCUGUGGAGGACAGCGAGAAGAUCUUCACAGAUCUCGUCUGUCUCAUUGAGACAAGAAGCGCAGAUGUGAAGCAGCAGAUCAGAGGUCGUCAGAAAACUAAAGUGAGUCGAGUCAAAGAGCUUCAGGACAAGCUGCAGCAGGAGAUCACCGAACUGAGGAGGAACGACGCUGAGCUGGAGCAGCUCUCACACAGAAAGGACCACACCGAGUUUCUACAGAAGUACCCCACGCUGUCAUGUCUUAGGAAAACUACAGACUCGCCCAGCAUUAACUGCCCUAUGCAAUACUUUGAGGACGUGAAGGCAGCUGUGUCGGAGGUCAGAGAUAAACUACAGGACAUUCUGAGCGACGUGUGGACCAAGAUAUCCGAGCCUGAAGUGGAUGUUUUGCUGCCACAGGCGGAGCCGAAAACCCGAGCUGAAUUCUUACAAUAUUCACAUCAGACCAGACUGGAUCCAAACACAGCGAACACGCGGUUGUUGUUAUCGGAAGGGGACACAAAAGCAACAGUGAUGACUGGAAAACAGGUGUAUCCUAGUCAUCCAGACAGAUUUACUGACAUGUUUCAAGUUCUGAGUAGAGAGAGUCUGAGCGCACGUCAUUACUGGGAGGUGGAGAGGAGCGGAUAUGAAGUUUCAGUAGCAGUCGCAUACAGGGAUAUCAGCAGAACAGGGUACAAAAGUGGUUUCGGAAACGAUGACAAGUGUUGGGCAUUAGAGUGUUUCAACAACAGGUAUGAGUUCAGACAUAACAGUGUUACCACUAUUAUCUCAGGCCCUCGGUCCUCCAGAGUGGGAGUGUACCUGGAUCACAGGGGAGGUGUUCUGUCCUUUUACAGCGUCUCUGAAACCAUGACUCUCCUCCACAGAGUCCAGACCACAUUCACUCAGCCGCUCUAUCCGGCUCUGGGAGUUUUUGCUACAUAUAGAAAUGGUUCUGCUGCUACGUUCUCUAAACUUGAGUAGAUAGAAGUUAGGAGGCAGCAGUGAUUUGAGUAUUUGCGUCCUGGACUUGAGUCUGACUCGAGUUGCUAUUCUCUGGACUUGUGACUCGACUUGGACUCGCACACUGAUGACUUGGACUCCAGGAAGACUAGCUGGUCGUCUAGGUAUCAGCUAUUGGGGAUCCUUAUAAUAAACUUAAAGGUGCCCUGCCACACGAACUUCAUUACUUUGUGGUAAUGUCUGAAGUUCUACCAUUGACUCUGUAACAGUUUUAAAGCAGUUUUAGGCUGUUUAUGUAAGGGCCAGGUAUAAUGUCUCAGAAGUAUGUAGCUACAUAUAAUACAUGGUUGGAAAAUAGCCAUAAUGUUUCAUCUUUGGGCUACUUUUGUCCGAUUAGGCUACAGCAUGUCAAGUCCGUUCAAUUUCUGUGGUUUAAUGUCACGAGGUUUAAUCGUGCUGUCUCCUUUUUAAGUAGUGAAACAUUAUAGCUAAAAAUAAUUCUAUUAGUUAGUUAUGUUAUGAGUUUUUAACUAGGCAAUAUACUUUCAGUUUAGUUUGAGUUUUUCUUAAAGGUUUUAGUUUUUAUUUAGUUUCAGUUUAUGAACAAUAUUGUUCACUGAUUAUUUAGUUUGAGUUUACUACAAUAACCCUGGUGCACAGGUGUCAGUAGCUUCACAGUGAUUGAACUCGACUCACGAUGAUGACUAAGAACAGGCAUUGCUUUUUCUUUCUGAUUCGAUCUGUCAUUUAUUAUUCAAGUCAACUGUGAGUCAGGGUUGUAUAACCAUUAUGUGUCAACAGACAUUAAGUGUUUGAGGAAGCAAUGUUUACUGCAGCUGCUCUUCUUCCUUUGGGAAGCCAAAAUAUGGCACAUCGGAUUUACGUGAAGGGUUAGAAACAAUCUGGUUGCUGUCUUUCUCUGCCAUGUUUAUUUCUCUCAAAUGUGUAAUGAAUAAUGUUUAGUUCCAGUACAUUUUUAUUAUGAAGGGGGAAAAAAUCUACUCCGAUCAAUGAAAGUUCAGAGUUGCUGUCUUCCAAUACAUUCUUCUUUACUACAUUCCAAAAGUAGUAGCCUUAGGUACGACAUAUAUACUGUAGCUGAAGGGCAGAGCAAAGUCAGUGCACUUAUUGCACGAUAUUGUAUAUAAAUAUUUUUUUCUUUGCAAAGCACAUUGCACCCUUACUUAUUGUGUUCCUUUAUUUUAUCUGAUGUAUUGCACUUUCACUUUUGAUUGAAGUACUAUUUUAGCUUUUAUAUAAACCUGUUUUAUGAUCAAUGUGAUGGUGAUGAAAAGCACUUUGCAAAUAAACUUUAUAUUGUCCAUUUGGCUUCCUUGAUCGUGAUGUUUACCAUUUGAUCGCACUCUAAAAACAUUGACAACCUAAAAGC